AUGCAGACUGUAGUGCAGCCGGAGCGUCCUUUAGAUACCCCAGACAUGCAGACUGCCGUGCCGCCGGAGCGUCCUUUAGAUACCCCAGACAUGCAGACUGCCGUGCCGCCGGAGCGUCCUUUAGAUGCUCCAGACAUGCAGACUGCCGUGCCGCCGGAGCGUCCUUUAGAUGCCCCAGACAUGCAGACUGCAGUUUCGCUGCAGUGUCCUUUAGAUGCUCCAGACAUGCAGACUGCCGUGCCGCCGGAGCGUCCUUUAGAUGCCCCAGAUAUGCAGACUGCCGUGCCGCCGGAGCGUCCUUUAGAUGCCCCAGAUAUGCAGACUGCCGUGCCGCCGGAGCGUCCUUUAGAUGCCCCAGAUAUGCAGACUGCCGUGCCGCCGGAGCGUCCCUUAGAUGCCCCAGACAUGCAUACCGCAGUUUCGCUGCAGCGUCCUUUAGAUGCUCCAGACAUGCAGACUGUAGUGCCACCGCAGCGUUCUUUAGAUGCUCCAGACAUGCAGACCGCAGUUUCACCGCAGCGUCCUUGA